GGAAAUUCAAAGAUGGAAGAGUUUCUCUCGUGUUCAAAAAUUCCUUUUGACUUAUUUGUGAUAUUUCAGGUGUGAGAAACUUCUCUCCUCUUCCCGUGUUGCUGGAUUUUGCAAUCUCCGCCAGCCAAAAUCCAGCCAAGACCCAAUAAAACUACUUUUCUUAAUUUUUUUUUUAUUUUUUAUUCUGGGUCUUGUUUCCAACUAGCCACUGGUUUUAGAUAGAGAGAGAGAGAGAGAGAAAGAGGAAUGGAGAGCAUUUCAGCGUGGCAAUUGACGGCUCUCUGCGGAAUUGUCUCAUGGGUUGUCGUUUCUUCGUUCUUCAAUGUCACCCAAAAGCUUAGAUCUUUGCUCCAAUCGUGGGUCUCUCACCAUGUCGUCACAGGAACUCCUCUCAUUAUCCAGAUCCAGAAAUACCAUAAUGGGUUUUUGGAUUCUCUCUUCUCUGGGCUGUCCUGUAUUGUUUCUGUGCCCUUUUACACAGCCUUUCUCCCUUUGCUUUUCUGGACUGGGCAUGGAAAAUUGGCAAGGCAGAUGACUUUGCUGAUGGCUUUUUGUGAUUAUUUGGGAAACUGUAUAAAGGAUGUCGUAUCAGCUCCUAGACCAAGUUCUCCACCUAUAAGGAGAAUUACUGCUACAAAGGAUGAGGAAGAUAAUGCUAUGGAAUAUGGAUUGCCUUCUUCUCACACUCUUAAUACAGUUUGCUUAUCUGGUUUCCUAUUGUACUAUGUUCUGUCUUACACUCAACUUGAAAGCGCCUUUUUGAAUUUUGCUGGAGUUCUCCUUGUUUCCUUGCUUGUGAGCCUCAUUGGUUUUGGAAGAAUUUACCUUGGAAUGCAUAGUUUGAUCGAUGUCAUAAGUGGACUUGCUAUGGGAUUGGUGAUUCUUGCUUUUUGGCUUAUAGUUCAUGAAUACGUUGACAAUUUUAUAGUCUCGGGACAAAAUGUUACAACCUUUUGGGGUGCUCUAAGCUUCUUAUUGCUUUUCGCUUAUCCAACUCCGGAGUUCCCAACUCCAAGUUUUGAGUUUCACACGGCCUUCAAUGGUGUUGCAUUGGGAAUUGUAACCGGUGUUCAGCAAACAUACCACCAGUUUCACCACGAAGCUGUCCCACGCGUAUUCACUACUCAACUUCCAUUCUCUACUUUUGUUGGAAGAAUGCUUGUGGGAAUACCAACAAUACUUGUUGUGAAGUUCUGUAGCAAGGCUCUUGCUAAAUGGAUUCUUCCCAUCGUGUCAAAUGCUUUGGGAAUCCCAAUAAGAUCGACCACCUACAUCCCUACACUUGGUAAAUCAAGCAAUGGGAAAAACUCGAAAAAAUCGGACGAUUUCAAGCAAGCAGGUUAUAUGCAAAAAUUAUUUUUCUUCUCCAAUCAAGAAGCGUUUGACAUUGACACAGGUAUAAGGUUCCUUCAGUAUGCUGGACUUGCUUGGGCUGUGGUAGAUCUUGUUCCAUCCCUAUUCUCUCAGCUGAGCUUGUAAUGCUUGUAUAAGUAAUUAGAAAGUCCUUAUUGGAUAUGAUGUCCUUUCAAUUUUGUAAAAAUCGUAUAUUGUAUUGCUUAAAUCAGCACAACAUUAUUUGCGCUAAUGAGAAUGCAGUCUGUUCAUUGAUUAGAGCAGGCAAUGCUA